AUGGAUUUAAAAUGUGUUCUAACAUUUUCAUGUUUAUCUUUACUAAGAAAUACGCAAACACAGAAUAUUUAUAACCCCAAUAUCCUGAAUCCAGAUCUCAUAUAUUUCAACGAUGAAGGACAAAGAUAUCCAGAUGUAUUACCACUUGACAACAGACAAAGCAUCUGGGCUAAUCGUGAUGCUAACUAUUUACAAGGAAAUCAAGGAGUUUUUAAUCCAGUACGAGCUCAAACUCCAGUUCCAACUAAUAUUAAUAAUUUUGGAAUCAAUCCAAAUGUGCAAAAGCCUAGUUUGAAUAGUUUUAAUGUUAUACAAACACCGAGUUCUGAUAUGGAACCUCCACGCCGUGGACAAAAUUUCGCUGACAGAGUUGCUGAUGCUGGUGAAAGUGAUAUAAAUUCAGCAAUUAAAAAUUUAACUGCUGGUUUGGUAGAUCCUGUGUCUUUGGCAUUAUCGGACUUUAGUAUUAAGCUAAUGCAGAGUAUUCCCACGCAACAGGGUAACUUGGUGGUGUCCCCUUUCUCGAUUGCAACACUUCUAGCGCUGCUUCAGCAAGGAUCAUUAGGUAACACGCAGUAUCAGAUCACUGUCGCACUACAAUUGACACCCAACCAGGCCGCCGAUGGCUUUAGGAAGUUAACAGAAAAUUUUAAUAAACGUUUUUCUUCAAACAUUCUGAAUGUAGCAAACAGUAUAUUUGUUGCUGACAGUUUCGAGAUUAAUCCAUCAUACAAGAGGAUUGCUAGGAAUGAUUUUGGCAGUGAAUUGAUCCCAAUGAAAUUCAACAGGCCUGCAGUAGCAGCGCAGAAGAUCAAUAAUUGGGUGGCUUCAAAAACAAAUAAAAAGAUCGACCAGUUGCUAACUCCAGAGGCCGUUGCUGCGGAUACGCAAUUAGUUCUAGUAAACGCUGUAUACUUCAAAGGAUUGUGGGCGGUCAAAUUCAAGCCAGAAUCCACGAUACCCAAAGACUUUUAUAUGAGUAACGGUGGGAAGAAGACUGCUUCGUUUAUGCGAAUGAGACGGUUCUUCAGAACUGACUUCGAUAAGACAAUUAAUUCACAGGUCCUCGUAUUGCCUUUUGAGAAUGAUUUAUAUUCAUUAGUGUUCAUACUGCCCUCUGAAACGGAAUCCAUUGCGUCAGUUCUUGCAUCGCUGACUAAAGAGCAACUCAUAUCUUACCAGAAAUACACACCAAAGGAGGUUGCCGUAGAAAUACCAAAGUUCACAGUGAAAACUGAUACCGAUCUCGUUUCUGUGCUUCGAAAUCUCGGCAUUGUUGAUAUGUUUGGACCUCGAGCACAGCUAUCUGGUAUUGGAGUUUACCGAGAACAAUCCCCUCAAGUAUCAUCAGCAUUUCAUUCAGCAAUGUUAUCGAUUGACGAACAAGGAGGUGUAGCAGCGGCAGCUACAUCCUUCGGAGUUGUAGCUUUAUCAUAUGAUGAUCCUUCAAUAAUAUUUAGAGCUAACCGACCGUUUUUGACUAUAUUAUGGGAUAAAACAGUAUCGAUUCCGUUGUUUAUGGCUAAAAUCGAAAACCCAACCCCGUAA